AUGCUCGUAGGCUCCGUGAACAGGCUUCGGCGAGCCAACAGACAAAUGGGAGCAUCGCGCUGCGCAGACGAGCGGGCGUUUUCGAAGUCUGGCCGCCGGGAGAGCGGAGGUUCAACCGGUGGACACCGGCAGGCUGGCUCAUUACCAGGCAAGCCGCAAGCCGCAAGCCAAGAUUUUCCAAUUGGUUCUUACAGUCCACACACUCUUUUGCGAGAGGGCCGGUUCAUUCAGGCUCCCCAGGCGCUUGGAUACUCGCUGUCUUGGCCAAACCCUGGUCACAGCAGAUUCUGGGGAGCACACGAGGUGGUAAACGAGCCGUCGUGCAGUCUUGUGGUUGAGUGA